ACAUCAUGAACCUCCUGACCAUCAUUCCUUUGGCCACUCUUCUCAGCUGUUGCACCGGUGCUCCCAUCCUCCAGCCACAACUUGGAAUAAUUGCAAGCAACAGCAAUGAGAUUUUGCGUAUCAACGGACUGACACUCUCAGGCCUUGGUUUGGGCCAAGCACAGGGCAUGCCUUUUCUGCCCCCAUUCCUGAUUCAGCAGCAGCCCGAUAUACUACUCCCUCCACAGCUAGUCAACUUCGGCGCUCAGGUGCCUGGACCCUUCCUGACCCCACAACAGAAUCAGCUGCCCCCAGUCAUGUUGCUCCCCUCUCAGCAAGAACAGCCGACAGCACCCCUCAACCCCAACAACCCUACGCUCCCCCAGAACCCAGCUCAGGGGGUCCCUCAGUUUUACCCCUAUCCUCAAGGAACAGGAGGACAGGGCUUUCCAUAUUAUCUGACAUAUGGAUUCCCUUUGAGGAACACCCUGGUGAAAGUUCCACCCACCCAGAAGACAGGUUCCCAGAUCCCAGUGAGGCCUACCCAGGGACCACUGCAGCCAAUACAGAAUAAUGUGAAGACAUCAGACCCAGGGCAUAUGACUCCGCCCCCUGAUAACCGUGGGGACCGCCCUGGUCCUGGAGUUGAAGGGGAUCCUGCAUUUGCCUUUUUUGAACCGUAAUUUGUAAUGGAAAAGAGAUUGCCUCUGCUUGAGUGAAAAUCUGGAUUUUAAAAGGAUUUUAAAUUUCAAAAAUUGUAAGCAUUAGUUUUCUUAGUGAUUUGGAG